UUUAUGACAGUACUCUCAUAUUGGGUCUUAAGAAAAAUACCUGCAGACGUGUUCAAAGCACACAUAUGUGGGUGCUUUGAACAUGUCAGCAGACAGUUUUGGUAGGCCCAAUAUGAGAUGACACGAGAGAGAAACGCGCCUGAGAUGGUAUUUGCACACUGCUUUUUCCUUGGUGUACGAGCAGUCUUACCGGGACUUUACGGAGCGAGUCAAGAAAACGUCAGCAGAUGAUCAGUCUGCUAACGUAAGUGGACAGUAGAAUUCGUCUGCUACGAAGCGUCAUUCGCAGACAAAAAUAGAACAAGAAAAUACAUUCACAUAUUCUGUUAAAAGACGGGAAUAAAGGCAGCCGUCUGCUAAAAGUCGAGUGCCGCGAGGAAGUGAUACGGGACGCAAGCUGAAACUAAAAUGGUCUGCUAUACUUCCCGUUCGAUGGGAUCGACAACAAGCGCUCCCUCUGCAAAUUUCCAGCUGUGCUGCCCUAUAUAGGUCAAAUUCUCCUAUGUAUGUAGUACUCGGGAGAAAUACUUUAAAUACCUUGAGAACCCUGUCACCAUCCGUGUGUUAGUGAGAAGCUCUCACCAAAAGGACUCGCGAACAGACUAGAGAUUAUCUAGUAACGUGACUUCGCACUUGUCGAUAACUCUCGCAGAGAAAAACGCUGAGGCGUCGUGUCCAAUCAGUAACCAAGAAUGCUAUCGCUCUCACCAGGUACCAAAACCGACCCCUAAAGUUGGUUUUGAAAAGCUGGUGGAACAGGGCUGAACAGAUUCAGUAAUUAGAGCCAUAUUCCAGCCUGAACCAUGCCCUCAGGGUCCGGGAAGACUUUAGAGAGGAGGCCGAACUAUCCGGAAAUCCUCUUAAAGCAAGCGUGAGCGAUCCUUCGCUGCCUGGGAAAGAGUGCCAGCCACCAGCCAGACCAACCUAUGGCAGUGCCAGAACCUUGGGCUACGUUUUUCCCCAGAUAAAUGGGACCUACUAGUCGGAUCAAAUAGGGAAUGGCCACAGCUCAGCCAACUACAUGCAACAUUUCCAAUCCCGUCCCUACCUUCGUUCGCCGACACACCAUGUCCAUUUUGUUCACGUGUAAUUCUCAAAACCUGUGGCGGCGAUAUACCGUGCAGUUGUUUGUUUUGUGGCGUGCCUGCCUUUUUUCAGCACUACAGAGCAGGAGCGAUGUAACUAAACCACGCUCUUUGAUCGUACCCAGUUGUGUCUUUCAUGAUUUAUGUAGAUCUGUAUCGAAGUAAUCUUUUACCGUAUGUUUAAAGGUGAAGUAAAACCUUCGAAGCACGUAUUAAUAGAGAAGGAUCACUUUUAUGUUUGAUUCACGUGCAUUUUUACAGUCGACGUUUUCGGUGUAUUCAGUAUCAAGUUAUGGUGCGGGUGUUUGAUCGUGAUAUUAUUAUUUUACUUUUUGAAUUACACCGCAAUAUCAAUGUAAACCUCUGACUUUCUCUACUUCAUCAGCAUGAUGUGUUUAUGUUUGCUUGUUCCCUAAGUUUCGUUCUGAUUGAGCUUCUGUAUUGGUAUAGUAUAAAAAAAAGGAACGAAACAAAAUUUGAUCUUCACUCCUAACAGAACUUGCCCACGCAGCAUCCGACUCCGAAUGGCAGAGAACGGAGUACGAGGACAAGGGGGCGGAGCUCUCCUUCCAAGGAGCCGAAUUGCAGAGGGAACCAUUGAAGAUGGACCAGGAGGGGAGGACGGACGGCGGUGCGACUUCUGCCGCCAAUCUUAUGGUGCCCACGGAACUAACAACACCAGACCUGAUCGAAGCAUACUCUGGCGACAAAGUGGAUACCUUCGACCAGGACAGCCGCAGGGGUGACACCUCUCCCCCCACCAACCCACAAAAGCAGCAAACGCACCGAAACCCGGACAAGCACCCGUGCCGCUUCUGUCCUUACUCAUGCUCUUACGCGGCGGGUAUCGCCAUCCACGAGAGGACUCACACUGGAGAGAGGCCCUUCAGUUGCGAUGUUUGCGAGAAAACGUUCACGCAUAAGGCUACCUUGAAGGCUCACGUUCGAACUCACACCGGAGAGAAGCCGUUCAAGUGCAACACGUGCAGCAGGGCCUUUGCUCAGAAACGCAGCUUGGCGGUUCAUGAGAAGAUUCACACCGGACAGAAGCCGUUCAAGUGCAACACAUGCUGCAGGGCGUUCACUCAGAAAACCCAUUUGGCGGGUCAUGAGAGGACUCACACGGGAGAGAAGCCGUUCAAGUGCAACACGUGUAGCAGGGCGUUUAAUCACAAACGCAACUUGGCGGUUCAUGAGAAGAUUCACACCGGAGAGAAGCCGUUCAAGUGCAACACGUGCUGCAGGGCGUUCACUCAGAAAACCCAUUUGGCGAAUCAUGAAAGGACUCACACCGGAGAGAAGCCGUUCAAGUGCAACACGUGCAGCAGGGCGUUUACUCAUAAAUGCGAUUUGACGAUGCAUGUGAGGGCUCACACCGGAGAGAAGCCGUACAGGUGCAACACGUGCAGCAGGGCGUUCACUCAGAAAACUCGCUUGGCGAAUCAUGAGAGGACUCACACCGGAGAGAAGCCGUUCAAGUGCGAGACCUGCAGUAGAGCGUUCGCGGCUCAUAGCAAUUUACGCGCUCAUCGGAAGAGACAUCGCAAGUUAUCGAAACAGCAACGUGCAUCAUAGUUGUGGAAGGGAUUUGAACGAAAUACUCUAGCACCGACGUGUGUUCAUUUGGCUUGGCGAUAGACCUGCAGCGGUUCUACUUGCGAGCAGUGUGUCUUUUGCAUAGUUCAAAAUGUUUCAGCCUGUUAUUUAUAGCGCAAACACAGAUAAAAAAUGUGAAUUUCCCUUAGACGAAGCGACCAGAGGUCUUUUUAGAGCGCAGCUCUUAGGCGCCCGUUUCCGGCUUGAGCGGCGUC